AAAGCACAGAUAGAGUCUAUACUGGUCUUAUUUGAUAUAGGUAUCAUCCAUCUAUUUAUUAUACGCACGCAAUCCUAUAGACUUCCUCCUUAUAUAUACAUAUUUAUUCACAAUGUCUACUCCUGCUAUUCCUCAAUUCACCAUUGGUGAUUACGCCUCGUUCGCUUUGGCUGGUGCCAUGGGUUGUGGUGUCACUCACGGUGCCAUGACUCCAAUUGAUGUCGUCAAGACCAGAAUUCAAUUGGAACCAACCGUCUACAACAAGGGUAUGAUCGGUUCUUUCAGACAAGUCAUCUCCACCGAAGGUGCUGGUGCUCUUUUGACCGGUUUGGGUCCAACUGUCUUGGGUUACUCCUUGCAAGGUGCCUUCAAGUUCGGUGGUUACGAAUUGUUCAAGAAGACCUUCAUUGAACAAUUGGGUUACGACACCGCCAAGAGAUACAAGGACUCCGUCUACAUCGGUUCUGCUGCUCUUGCCGAAUUCUUCGCCGAUAUUGCUCUUUGUCCAUUGGAAGCCACCAGAAUCAGAUUGGUUUCCCAGCCAACCUUCGCUAACGGUUUGAUUGGUGGUUUCUCGAGAAUCUUGAAAGAAGAAGGUGUUGGUUCUUUCUACAACGGUUUCACCCCAAUCUUGUUCAAGCAAAUUCCUUACAACAUUGCUAAGUUCUUGGUUUUCGAAAGAGCUGCUGCUGCCAUCUACGGUGCCAUCCCAACCCCAAAGAACGAAUUGUCUUCGUUUGCCUCCACCGGUGUUAACUUGUCUGCUGGUAUCAUUGCCGGUUGUGCUGCCGCUAUCGUUUCCCAACCUGCUGACACCUUAUUGUCCAAGGUCAACAAGACCAAGAAGGCUGAAGGUCAAUCCACCGUCGGUUUGUUGAUCCAAUUGGCCAAGCAAUUAGGUAUUAAGGGUUCUUUCACCGGUUUGCCAACCAGAUUGGUCAUGGUCGGUACCUUGACCUCCUUGCAAUUCACCAUCUACGGUUCCUUGAAGAAGACCUUGAACUGUCCUCCAGCCGUCGAUUUGUAAACGCACCGUUAGCAUUUAUAAGAAUAUUAAUAGACCUUAGACCCCUCCAAUUCAUUAUCCAUCCUCGCUUCAUCUAAAAUCCUGAAUCCGAGUUCUUCUUUAAAUUGUAUACAUUGAAUAAAAUCUACAUCACGAUUUAAACGUGGCUACCAAACCAAACCACCUACCGCAGUCAUUCCAUCAUGUUCAUUCUGAUCAGUGGAGCUAUUAUACUUGAAUUGUAAAGUUAAUGGUAUUCUAUUGUAUCAGCAUACAUGGGUAUUCUUGCUAGUCUAUGAACAGUUCAUAUAGAGUGCUUUUUUUUGAACUGUGUUGUGUUUUUUAUUGUGAGUAUUAUCUUGUAUAUAUUAUGUAUAUUGAAUACUGAAUGUGUAUUUAACCUU